ACAUAACCUCAAUUUAUAAUUUUCAAAAUAAAUGUUGUUUUCCAAAUUUAUUCUAUUCAUUCAACAUGGAAGAUCCUAAAAACAGAGGUAGAAAGCACUUGCUUAAUAAGUCCAAAUAUAGCAAAAAUAAACUCAAAACGGGCCUAUCAAAACCAGUUACAAAAUCCAAGUCCUUAGUGCCCAACUGGGAUAGAUAUGAGGAAGAAUUGACCUCGAUAAAUGAUUAUGUACCUUUGGGAUCUGACUUUUCACAGCUGGCCAAUGCCCCUAUUUCAAAGGGAAGUCAUUUCCAAUUCAAGGAAGCUACCACUAAAAUCCAAGAUAUCGAAAGGAGUCCAGCUGAUACAAGUGGCUUAUUUAAUAUUGAUCUUAAUCUGAUUGGUUUAAGCUUGUCUACAAUACCGUUCAAUGAAAGGUGUGGAAUACCCGAUGAAUAUUUCUCAGUUGCUCAACAAAAUAUUAUGAUGCAAACUGCCAAGAAUAAUGAAAAAAUAUAUGAACAAACAUUGUUGAAAGAAGGGAUUGAUAUUAAAUCCAAUAUUGAUGAGUUUAUGGCUUCGAAAGAACCCACUAGUUACAUUAUGAAGAGCAGAAAUGGGAAAAAUAGAACACUACAAGUUGAUGAAAAUCUUGAAAAUGUUAGUGAGGAUUAUAGAGCCAUUGAGGAUAAAGUUACACGAGGAAAUAAUUCAGAAAUCUCUACAUUAGGAAAUGAAAUUGGUGAACUUUCUUUGGAUAAGAAUUCCUCAUCUUCUGAAGGUGUUCAUAUAGAAUCUGCCUCUUCAAUAUUAGAAACUGAAACCUUACAACAAUGGUUAGAUGAUGUAUUAGGAGAUUAAUCAUUUCAACUUAAUAUUUUUUAAUUGGUGAUAGAUCUUUUGUAUAAAUAAAUUAAAUUAUUUUUUUGACAAAAA